AUGAGAGCUGUCCGGUUCCAUGGCCGCGGCGAUAUCCGUGUCGACGAGACCGAUGAGCCCGUCUGCGGCGAGGGCCAGGUCAAGAUCCGGCCUGCCUUUGUAGGGAUCUGCGGAAGCGAUCUGCACGAGUACCUCGCUGGUCCCAUCACAAUUCCCUCGACGCCGCAUCCAAUCACGGGUGGGAGUGUCCCCGUCACCCUGGGACAUGAAUUCAGUGGUGUGAUAGAGGAGGUUGGUGCGCGCGUUUCACGACUGAAAGUCGGUGAUUACGUGGCUGUCAGACCGAAUCUGUAUGAUGGGACGUGUGCGAGUUGUUUAGCGGGUUGGCGGAACUGUUGUCAGAAUCUGGGAUUUAUCGGGUAUAGCAGCGAUGCAGGAGGUUUGUCAGAUCACGUUGUUGUAGGUGAGAAGCAUGCCAUUCUGUUGCCGGAGGGUUUCCCUCUUGACCUUGGGGCCCUUGUCGAACCCCUUACCGUGGCCUGGCAUGCAGUUAGCCGCGCCUCCGUCCGGCCUGACGACACCGUCCUCGUGGUAGGGGGAGGACCGAUCGGCCUCGCUGUCGUUCAGGUCCUGAAAGCGCGCGGAAUCAAGUCCGUCAUAGUCUCCGAAGUAUCCUCACAGCGUAAGCAGUUUGCGAAAGAACUAGGUGCGACCGAGGUGAUUGAUCCGCGAGUGGAUGAUACUGUGGCUUCAGUUCGCGCAAUGACAGCAGGGGAAGGGGCAGCCAUCGCCUUUGAAUGCUCUGGCGUGCAGGUGGGCUUCGACACGGCUGUUCAUGCUAUUCGAGCGAGGGGAACGGUGACCAUAGUGUCGCUGUGGGAGGAGAGGCCUAAGAUCGAUGCGCUUGACAUCGUUUUGCACGAGAAACAUGUCAUUGGCGCUGUGAUCUGUGACGAUGGUGAUUUCGAAGCUGUCAUUGACGCGAUUUCAUCAGGAAAGCUCUCCCCUCGAGCGAUGAUCACGAGCAAGAUCCAGAUGGAGGACGUGGUGGCCAAGGGGUUCAAGGCUUUGAUUGACGAGCGGGACAAGCAUGUCAAGAUCCUAGUUGAGGUGUCUACAUGA